AUGGUGCUGAUAGCUGCGGUUCGUGAUUACGUCAACAAGAUUCUCAACGACGUCAGCGGGCCUAAAGUCUUGAUUCUUGACGCAGAAACGCUGCCUAUAGUCAGCCUCGUUUUAACGCAAUCCGAGAUUCUCCACCGCGACGUCGUUCUUGUAGAGAAGGUUGACUCUAAAGGAGGCAGCGGCAGCAGCGGCAGUGGGGGCGGCAGCAGGGGAGAGUCAGGGGGGAGCGGAGCGGAGCCUAUGCCACAUCUUAAAGCCGUGUGCAUCCUAAGGCCGACUGGGGAGAACGCGAACCACUUAAAGCGGCACCUUAGGAACCCCAGAUUCGGGGAGUACCAUCUGUUCUUCACCAACAUUCUCAACAACACACUUAUCCAUGUUCUUGCUGACGCGGACGCACAAGAGGCAGUGGUGCAAGUACAGGAGUACUAUUUGGAUUUCUUUGCCCUGGACGCCUAUCACUUCACGCUGCACGUGCCUCUCAACGUCUACUCCUUCGUCUCCGCCACUGUCGACCUGCACAACACACAGAGGGUGGCUGAGCGCUCAGUGGACGCGCUGUUGGCGCUCUGCUUGAGCCUCAAGAAGCGCCCGUCUAUCCGGUUUCAGCGGGGGUCGGAGCUGGCGAGAAGGGUGGCGCAUGAAACAGGGCGCAUCAUGUACGAAGCAGAGAAGCCUCUCUUUGACUUCAGACGCACGGACGCCCUGCCGCUGCUGCUGGUGGUUGACAGGAGGGAUGACCCGGUUUCCCCGUUACUCACCCAGUGGACUUACCAGGCGAUGGUGCACGAGCUGAUAGGCAUUGAGAGCAACAAGGUGGAUCUCAGUCACGUGGCCAACGUGAGCCCUGACCAGAGGGAGGUGGUGCUGGCAGCGGGGGAGGACGAGUUCUUCAAGCGGCACAUGUAUGACAACUUUGGGGACGUGGGGAGUGCCGUGGCGAAACUGGUCUCGGACUUACAGAGCAAGGACCGGCGGAACAAAGGGAUUCAAACGCUCGACGACAUGGCAGCAGUGCUCGAGUCGUACCCCGAGUACCGCAGGCAGGCGGGGAACGUGGCCAAACACGUGGCGAUUAUGACAGAGCUGCAGCGCGUGGUGGGGAGCAGGAAGCUGAUGGCUGUGUCUGAAGUGGAGCAGGAGCUGGCAUGCACGUCAGGGCAGACUGCUACCUUUGAGGCAGUAGCGGCCAAGCUAGCAUCUCAAGACAUAGCAGAGGUGGAUAAGCUGCGGCUGGUGAUGCUGUAUGCCCUGCGGUACGAGGAGGACAGCCCGCGGCACCUGCAGGCGCUUAUCAACAAGUUCAGUGACGUGUGCCGCAACUCCAAGUACAAGGCCGGGCUGGUAUACACGCUGCUGCGCCAGUUCGGAUCAAAGAGGAGAGUAGCCGAUCUGUACGGCAGCAGGGACCUGCUCAAUAUGGUGGCAAGAAAUGUGAAGCGAGGGCUCACGGGCGUGGAGAAUGUAUACACGCAGCACCAGCCGCUCAUAGCCCAGAUCAUCGAUGCUGCCACCAAGGGGCGGCUGAGCGAGGCGGAUUACCCCUUUAUCUCAGGGAAUUUCCAGCAGUCCAGGUCCCAAGAUUUGAUUGUGUUUGUGGUGGGCGGCACAACCUAUGAGGAGGCGCGAGCAGUGGCACUGUUCAAUGCGGCCAAUCCAAACACGCGGGUUGUCCUGGGCGGCACUGCGCUACUCAACUCGACCAGGUUUAUAGAGGAAAUCGCAGAGCUGAAUCAUUUGGAGGCAACUACAGGUUUGGACUAA